UGUGACGCUGACGCUUGUCGGUUGCAAUCGGUUUUAACGAUUUAAAUAAGAAAUCGAUACAGAUCCGUAGUGAAAGUGCUCGAUUUUUAAAUUUAUAGUUUCCUCACAUUCUAGUAGUGCUUGCAAAUGUGAACAGUGGCAGUUACAAUUGAUAGUGUGUUUACAAAAGUGGACCUUCGAUACAAGUGAUUUCGGUUUUUAUACAUGGGAAGUAAAGGUGAUUAUUCUUUGCAGAUAUCGGAUCUAAAAUUGCAGUGUCAAGUGUAGUGAGGUGAUCGAAACAUUAUUAAUGUGUGUGAAGUGAUGUGGACAUCCUUUGGGACCAGACAAAUGAAGCGCCGUAGAGCACGUGUACUCCCCUACGCGUCUGUGCAGUAACUAAAAUGUUGGCCGUGUGGCUUCUCGCGGGAUGUUUUUCGCUAGCACUGACACAACUGCCGCCUGGGUUCAAUUUGCCAGCGAUCAUUCAUGUAGAACGGAACUGGUAUGUCCUGUCCACGGACCCGAUAGGUACCAGGGUAACACGAGUGACCAGGGAGAGGACCGGCAAGCAGAAUGUGACGUUCGGCUUGGAGACCAGCGGGCCACCCACGCCGUUCGCGAUAGAUCCCCAGUCAGGGGAAGUGUUUGUGAACGAAACUCUUAAAGAUAAGGAAAAUAAAUCUUACUCGUUAUGGGUUACGGCAGAUGAUGGCGUAUCACUUCCACAACGAACAGAAGUACUUGCAACCGUAAUAAAUAGUUCAGGCGUCAGACCGAAGGUGCCCAGACCGCCAGCGUUCGCGAUCGCUAAUUAUCCCAGCAUAGCGCUACAACCAAAGUUUCCAAAGCCUGCACAAAGCACCACCAAAGCAAUUGAUUAUAUAACAACAGUACCUGAUACGACAGUCAUUACAACUCAUAAACCACCUAAAGCACCCGACGAUAUACCAAAAGAAGAAGUUAAAGAGAAAGUGGAAACGAAUGAAUCCAAAAAUAAUACGGGCAUUAAUGAAGUUCACGUUGAAAAUGCUGUUCAUCUAACAAUUAUACCAUUGAUUGCGAUUGGUGCAUUGAUAGCAAUCGUCGCUGGUGUUGUAGCAUUUGUAUGGAAGAAAAGAAGCAUUAAAGGAACCAAAAGUACUAAGGAUGACAUGAGUAAAGAAUCGAGUGGGAUUGUACUACAAGAUUCUUCAGUCAACAUGUGGGACCGCCCACGAGCUUAUUCGAAUCAGUAUAAGUCCUGGGACAACGGUCAUUUACAGAUAUCUGAAGAGACAACAAUAAGCAAAGAUGAGCCCCGCGAUGCGUGGGAGUUCCCGAGGCAUCGUUUGAAGAUCUUCAACAUAGUAGGGGAGGGCGCGUUUGGACAGGUCUGGCGGGCCCAGGCAAUAGAUAUAGAUGGUAAAAAAGGGGAGCAAACGGUCGCAGUAAAGACUUUAAAAGGAAAUGCUUCAGAAAAAGAAAAAACUGAUCUGAUACAGGAAUUAGCUGUAAUGAAGACGUUAGGAACGCAUCCUAACGUUGUAAGACUCGUCGGUUGCUGCACUGAAAAGGAACCCACAUUAGUGAUAAUGGAGUUCGUGAGUCUAGGCAAGCUGCAACAGUUCCUCCGUGACUCGAGAGCUGAGCGUCACUAUGGCAACACUCAUGGUGGGAGUCUAUUCCUAACAUCACGAGAUCUUACGCACUUCGCCUUCCAAGUCGCAAGAGGCAUGGACUUUCUUAGCGCUAAAGGGAUAAUUCAUCGGGAUUUAGCCGCGAGAAAUGUAUUGAUAACAGAAGAGAGGACGUGUAAAGUAGCAGACUUCGGUUUCGCGAGAGACGUCGCUGGCACCCAUGUGUAUGAACGAAAAAGCGAUGGGCGUCUACCUAUAAGAUGGAUGGCGCCAGAAUCCUUGUAUGAUGACAUAUUUAGUGUAAAGUCUGAUGUUUGGAGUUUUGGCGUAUUGCUGUGGGAGAUUGUAACAUUGGGUUCGACUCCAUAUCCAGGUCUGUCUGCUGGUGACGUCAUGAAAAAGGUCCGAGAUGGGCAUCGUUUGGAGAAACCGGAACACUGUCGGCGGGAACUGUACAAUAUUAUGUACUAUUGUUGGGAAGCGGAGCCAGCCUCCCGGCCCGAAUUCAAAGAAAUUGUCGGAAUGCUCGAGCGACUAUUGUGCACUGAAAUGGACUACAUCGAGCUUGAAAGGUUCCCUGAUCAUUCCUAUUAUAAUGUGCAACACUUAGACGGCGAGAAGUUGUAGUUAGAAUAGGAUUUAGGCGUUAAUAUUGUUGUGGUUCAUAUGCCGUCCAGCACUUGGUUGGUUUAGGGCAAUUUUUAGGCCUUUAUUGCUACUGGGACUAAACUAAAUGUCGCCAGGUGAUCAUUAUGGAUAAGAACGUCGAAAGAAGUCUUUAAAGCAUUUUCACUGUAUUGUUCUGAAUACGUAGACUAUAAAAAAUAAUAAAGUACAGUUUGAAUAUAACCUAGCUAUUUAAUCGCUCCCUGCUCGACAAUUAUGAACAUGUUUUCAUGGAGUAAGUCUUACAAUAAAAAAAUGUACCAUCAUCAUUCCUAAGUGUUUUCUUAUUCUCGUUUGAUGUGAAGUUUCAUUAAAAUAUUAAAGACUGAGCUGAUUUCAAAUAAUAUUUCUAAUAUAUGAAACAUGUUUUAAUUCUCCUAAAGUCUUUAAUUUAGUACGUAUUGUUCUUUUUAUGUUUAGUGAUCGCUUAUUCGUAACAUGAAUCAAAAAACGUAAUACGUGCAUAAUUUUUGAGUCAACUAACCGAUGGUCCACUCUUAUUUUUAAUAAUGUCUAAGUUUUAUGAAAAAAAAAACAAAUCCAACAUGCGCUUGGAAAUUAAAAAUGUACAUAUUUUCAAUUGUUUUUUUUUGUUAUGUGAUAAGAAAGAUCGGCUUUUUUGUGCAAUAUUUAUAUUUUGUAAAUAUUUUUCUAAUGUGUUUAAUGAAAACUUGAUAAAAAUGUCUCAUUUAAAACAACGAUGAAAUUAAGAUAAACAAUAUAAUUAUGUUUAGAAUAACAGGAUUAUCAAACAACUAAGACAGGAAAAAAUCUCAUUUAACUCAAUUACAAUUACAAUUUCAACUCAAAGCAAAAUGUUUCAUUGUAUUUUAGGUAUUUGCGUAAUUAAACGUUAUAAAAUACGUAAUUAUAAACGGUAAAUAAAUAUAUAAAAAACAGAAUAUACACAUUCAAAACGCCAACAUUUUGUUAAUGAUUUCUCGGAAAUUGAUUCUUGAAAUUCUAAAAGUUAUGUAAUUAAUGUAUCGAUUUUCUUCAAUCAAGUCGGAAAAUGGAGGAAUUUCAGCGUAUUUGAGGAAAUUACCUUAUAAAGAGCGUGUGUUGAUUUUUAGUAUAAUAAUAUUCCAGUUUAUUAAGAUUUCCCGAAUAUUUUAUACGAUCUUAUAAGGAAACAACAUUUUGUAACAACAAUGAACUGUUGUGCAACAGUGAACAAUGCCUGCGUUAACAAUGAACCGUUUUUUUGUUAAGUACAUCCUGAUUUUCUUGAGAAAUAUGAUCUUCUUUUUAAAAUAUGCAUGUAUAAACAAUAUUAAGCUAAUAGUAGAAUACUGACAUUUUGAGAAAAUUAAAACAAAACAAAACACGGAGUUAAAAUUUCAAUCAUUGUGACAAAAGUCGAGGCAUGGACGAAGCCGGGGCGGGCCGCUAGUGUAAAAUAUACCAACGGUCUCGUCUUCGCUCGUUCAACACGUGUAGCCUAUAGCACCUAAGAAUCGUGUAUAUAUUCAACCGUGAAAGAAUAUUUGAAAUCGGUCCACUAGUUCCUGAGAUUAGCGCAUCUAAACAAAAACAAACAGGAAAUGAAACCAUGAAGAAUGUUCACGACAAUUGUAUUUCAACCCAAUCUGAUUUUUUGCUAUAAUAAUCAUAUCUUGCUAUAAAUAAUUCUAUUUUUAUAUCCCAAAUCAUUGAUAUUAACAAUGUUUAUUUGCAAAGAGAUAGAACAAAUCAUUCAUAAUUAAAGAAUCUAAAUACACUAUGAUUAAAAUCACACUAUAUGCGAAAGAAAAAAUGUUGUAUACUAUUAAGUGCGAUCCAACUAAGAAUAGGAACGUCAAUGAUCUUUGCGUCAAUAACGCAUCAAUUGUAAUUUGAAAAUAAAACAACAUUACAGAAUAGAUUUUAAUUGUUUAAUGGAGUGUGAUGUUAUUUCUAUGGAUUGUAUAAUGUAGUUACUAUGCAGUUUGUAGGCAUUGGUAACGAAAUGCUUUUAUACUUUUUGGAGUUAUAUUUUUGCUAAAACAUUUAUCAGAGAUCUGUUUUGUAUACAUUGUAGUUGUAGUGACUAGUCCUUAGCGAUAAUGAUAACGGAUACUGCU